AUGAUGGUAAAGGGAGGCGAGCCAAACCAAAUUGCGGGUCCGGGCCGUCGCUUCCCAAACUUGACCGUUUUCGAACUCGAGGAGCUAAAGAAGUCCACGCUCAUUUACUGUAAUCAAGUUGUGACUUUCUGCGAGAAGAUGGGGUGGGACCAGAUGCAGCGGUUGGUCGAGGAGUUCCGCGCUCGACUUUCGUGGGGAACUGAUCCGCACAUCUCUCUGCUGAUGCAGAUCCCCUUCUUCGGAGAGCAUCCCCAUCUUCGCGCUGCAAAAGAAACUGCACGUGGAAUGUACAACGAAGGGUUCACCACGCCAGCGAAAAUUGCUGCGGCCGAACCGGGAACACUGUUGCGGUCUUUGCGCCGCACACUUGAUGAAAAGCAGUCCUCCUCGUCGUGGAGCGUAAGCUUAUCCUUAGGGCUCCACCUCAUGUCCAUCACAUUUUAUUUCCACGAAUUAAUUUCUACUCUGUUGAUAAUAUUGGCGUUUAUUUAGAAGAAAUCGACCUCUUAUGCUUAUCGCUCUUUCAAGUCUAAUAUCGCACGCCAAGCGCCUCCGAGCAGACGCACAGGUGACAGCGAAAGAAGUGCGAAAGCAACAAUUGAAAGAAAAACGCGAUGCGAAAGCUCUUUUCUUGCGUGCGGGAAAAAAGCCUGUAAACAAUGCCGAUAACACUUCUGCUCCUCCUGCAGCGAAUGCCAAUAAUGCGAU